AUGGAGGUUCUUACAGACAGUUUUUUAGUACUCAAGCUCUUUGCUGGUUGGGUGCCGCUUCGAUGGAGCUUAUCUUUAAAAGAAAAAAUUUACAAUUUAUACACACUAAUAAUUGAAAUGAUAUUGGUUACUUUUUGCAUUUCAUGCAUCGUUGAUUUGUUCUUAACGGAGAAUAUUGAUGAUAUUGUUCACACUAUGUCCAUGGCAUUCACAAUAAUGACUGUCUUUGCCAAGUUGACUCUUAUGACUGUUAAACGCAAUGCCAUUUUACAUAUUUUUCAGUUAUUACAAAGUGAUACUUGCAUUAUAAAAUCCGAUGAAGAAGCUCACAUACAAUUGGGACAUGACAAGAGGAUCAAGAAUGUAACGAUGCAAUACGGAGGAUUGGCAUGUGUCGCUGUUAUAGCUAUAUCAGGAGCUUCAAUGAUAGAAAACGUUCCGACAAGAACUCUUCCUAUAAGCGGAUGGUUCCCUUAUCAACAUUCAAACAGCACCGGAUAUUGGUUUGCAUAUUUUCACCAAAUUAUCGCUCUUUCUUAUGGUGGUAUGAUUGGAUUAUCGUUUGACACUAUCGCCUUUGGUGUAAUGAUACAAAAUUCCAGCCAGUUGAGAAUUUUGAAGCACCGUCUUGAAAAUUUUACCGAAAUAAUAACCAAGCAUCGGCAACACCAGAAUAUAAAAAUAUUACAUUUUUCUGUCAGAUCAUUGGAGCGCAAAGUAUUGCAAAAGCUUAUCAAUCAUCAUCAAGUUAUCAUUCAGUACUCACGCCUAUCCAAUGAUGUCUUCUCACCAGUUAUUUUUCUUCAAUAUACCUUGAGCUCGCUGAUACUCUGUAUGUGCGUUCAAUCAUUGACCAAAUUGGCUUUCAUGGGUCCCGAGUUUGUGUUUUUAUUAGUUUUUCUUGGGUGUAUGCUGUUGCAAAUUUAUUUGUACUGUUGGUACGGAAACGAAGUUAUGUUGGAGAGCAUGGAUUUAAGUGUUUCGAUUUAUAAAAUGAACUGGUACUUUUUGACGAAUGAAUGCAAAAAAGAUCUCCUUAUCAUGAAAACGAGGACCCUUGAGCCAAUCAAGUACACCAGCGGUACGUUAAUUGAACUUUCGUUGGAUUCUUUUACUAAUCUUGUUAAAUUCUCGUAUUCAGUAUACAAUCUUCUUCAUCAAAGG